AUGGGCUGGGCAACCAGGCGCUUGCUUGUCCUUUUGAAAGUCCAAGCUCUAUGGGCUGGAGGGACGAGAGGUGAUGAUGUAUGCUCAGGAGAUGUCAUUGUCAAUCUCCUGCCGCUGCAGACCGGAGCCUACGUGACCGUCACUCAACCGCUGCCUGGCACCGCCACGGCAGGAACCACGAUAACAAUCCCCCCAAGUGGAACCGUUCUGGGUUCAGUGAUUAUCCAGACACCGACAACAACAUCGCCCAGCCAGGGGUGCGACCUCCCGAACACCCUCCCGGGCUUCCAGCUCUAUGGAUGUGCGAUUUCCGCAGCCGGCUUCCCCGGGUUCGUUAAGAUCAGCACAGACAAGGCAAUGGACCUUGGCAAAUGCGCUGCCAUGUGCACGACUCGUUUUAUAGGAGUCUACAAUAGGCAAGUCGUGAAUAUAGUGCGAACACAAUAA